AUGUUUUUAUUUUGUCUUUUCCAGGUAACGUUUAUUCUAUUCGUGGCAUCACACAAUCUUCUUGCUCCAGCGGUUAACUUCUUGGUCAAAGCAGGUAAAAGUUCCGAAGUUCGAAAUGGCCAGCAAAAAGCAAUCCCCCCUUUCUAUGUGCAUUGGCUUAAAACAAUGGAUAAGGGGGGAGAAAGGCUAAGAAAAUACUACCACGUUUUAAUUAUUCCCGUUUUUCUCUUCUUCAGAUUCCUAUAAAAGAUGGACCUUAAAUAAUAACGACGAUGAAAUUGAAAAGAAAGGGAUCGUAACAUCGAAGCCAUCACCAGUAGGAUGGGGCAUCUAUCUUGAUGGAUCACCGGACACCUACGUCAAACUAAAAGGCUACAAAGAGCAAUGUUUGGGAAAACCUUCGCAAUGUGACUUUACCAUCGGGUUUCUUAUGAAAAUUAUUCCCCAAUUCGGAGUGCAGUUUUACUUUGGGAAUAAAGUGGACAGACUUUUGUACGAAGGUGUAAACAUAUACCAAAAUCAAGAUGGCAGAUUACGAAUAGAAGUUUUAGGCAAUACUACUUACUGCAAAUACGUCAUAAAGCCACCCCAAGGAGUGUGGUUUUAUCUGGGGAUUGUUUGGAACAGGGUAGGAACCUUGGGUUUGUAUUAUGACCCCUUGUCCAGCUUUUCUGUCUCUUAUUACCACUGUGGAGGUAGAAUCGACGGACUGGUAAGGAAUGGCACGUACCACCUAGGCAGAUACACGUACCCUACUGCGUACUAUGACAAUUUAGAGAUUUGGUAUUCCGAACAGUCUCGUAGUGUUUUUGAUGAGAGAUGGAAAGCAGCAUUUGGUAAGUUUGCCACUGUGCGUAAAUUGAUAAUUUACAGUAGUGUCAUUACAUUUAUCCUCUUUCAUAUUGAAAGUAUAACAAAACCGCAGAAGUUCAGAUUAAAAAGAGACAAAAAUAGAUUGGUGCAGACGUCUGGCUUGUUAGGUGUACUUAUCACAUGCUAAAAACUAAGGAGAUUAAGAGAAUGUACCUUUUUGUCUAAAUUAUUAGAUAAUAAUUAUACACUUAAAGUAUGGUCCCGACGGAAACAUUUAGUUUGUCUUCCCGAACGAGAGAACGUGAACAGAGAACAAGUGAAAGAGAACGAGAACAACUGAAAAAGACAUCAAAGGACGACUGCGUUAUCCCUGAAUAAGCAAAAAGAGUGUGAACAAAAGAGUCCUUUGUGACGCUUCAGAAACCUUUUUUUCGGUUAUAAGGCCGUGGGUUUGACAAUGAAAUAAUACCUGUCAACCCAUUUUUAGCUUAUGGCUUACCAUUCAGGAAAUAAAUUUGAUUUAGCCUUCUUAGUAAUAAAUGAAUUUCCCUUCCAUAGAUGUUUUAACGCUGCAUAAGAAAUCACCCAAACUGCUUACGUUUGCCUUUGUCUUCACAGAUGUUAGUGGACAAUAUACGGUUAUACAAUUGACCAUUAUCUUCCCUUACCUGCAAUACAAGGCUGGAGACGUUGAUCAGGACGAAUUUUCCAAAAAAGUAAGAAAUGUGACUCAAAUGCGCCCAUGGCAUUCCUUGCUUUUUGUAACAAAUCAUUCAGUUCCUCAGGUAAAUUAUUAUUUUAACCUUUUUCCUCAGUUGCUUGCCUGUUUCUCAACACAGGUUAAGGAAUUAUUCAUUAACGACACGCAUUUUCGAGACAUCAAGAACGUCUCAGUUUCACAAAGGUAACGUCUUUUGUCAAAGCUUCUUUCCAUAUCCUAUUUAGUUUUAUAACACCGUUAGGGUACGAUAGUCGCCCAUUAUAGCUUUUAAUUUACUUAGUUAUCGGUAAAUUUAAUAUGGCUUUUAUCUAAUGUUGUAUUUUCACACUUUUUCGUGUGACGCAGCGAUGACAGUAAAACAGCAGUAUCAUUUACUUUGGAAUUUCAUCGCACUCAAGACCUUUGGGAAUCCAUCCUGAAUUUACAACUUGCAAUUGAAAAUGGUACUCUUCUAAGGUCUCCUAGCGUCUUUGAUGAGGAUUCGUGUCAGAACACUGAUGACAGCCAUUGUGAGUAUGAAUUAUGCACUGGUGGUAGGGCGGGAAGCUAACAAGCAAACCAAUUGAUUAAUUUAGAAUCUCUCCAGUUUUUUUAGCUCAAAAAGGUCAUCUUUAAAUUAACUGAACUGUAUAAUGAGUAUACAAUGGAUCACGUUAUCACCUUGGUCUGCUUCUUGACGAUUUCUAAGCACAAAUGGAAGGAACUUUUUGAGGUCAUUCAGACCUCCUCUACUCAAUGUAAUCCUACGAAUUUGAAAAAGCUUCUUUUUCUUGCCGACGUAGGCUAUCUUUUAUCCAAACAGUAUCGAAAGAUUUCCAAGAAAAUCCCAUUAUGAUAAAAAAAUAAGAAAACACUCGUAGGGUGAUGUAAAGAGAACUGCCAAAAAAAUCAUUCAUCAUCCUGACGCCGCUGGUCAAGGUGACUAUGCAAUCGCUCCCAAAUUUUUCAUUCGACUAUUCUCCAGGCGAGAUCUGCAGCACUUCAUUCCCAUUCUUAGUUGGACUGGAGCGGACUGUGCAAGAUGUUUUUGAACAUAUAGUGAGGGCUGAAAUUUUCUGGGCGAGUACUUAGUUUUUUAAGUGGAACUGUUUUAACGAUUCAUUAAAGACGGUGCUUAACUACAUUUAACAAUGUGUGAUAAAUCCAAGAUGUUUUCUGUUUUGUAGACUUAAUCAAUCAUAUGUGAAAAAAGAUAACAAUAAGACUAAAUCCAGCCUAUUCUCUGAAUUUUCCAGUUUUCUGUGAGAUACCUGCAAACUUUACCAUAGCAAGGGUCCAUGCAUCCGCAGCAGAAAUAGUAUUGGACCAAGUUUUCCUUGAACCGCACGAAAACUAUUUCUUCGGAUACAGAGUCCUGUAUAAAAAUCUGGAUGAUCCCAACUCAAACUGGGCCAUUAAAGAGAAUAUUCGCCGCUAUUUGCCACCAAAUCCCGUUGAGCACAAAAUUUCUUCACUUAAAAGCUAUACGAAAUACAGCUUUCGUGUCUUUGCGGCAUCGUUCAAGUCUGCUGGCCUCAUCUCGGAAGCUAUUGAAUUGAGGACAGAUGAGUCAAGUAGGUGGCUUAUAGUAAAAAUAAUUAGAGCACAGAAACUAUGAAAUUUGAGUUGUUGUCCAAUAUACUGAACUGAAUUUUAACUGUGAACUUUUCUGUCAACGAAGUACUUGUCAGGCAAGGGUUCGAAAGAGUUGUUAGCGAUAUACCUGAUAGGGAAACAAAAAUUUCCAAGGACAACUUGCUAGCGUUUUGUGGAACAAGUAGACAAUCACCUCUUAGGGAAAAUUUUGCUCCAGAAAAUAUAUAAUCUUCAUCCAGCCAUUAGAAAGGAAAUAUGAAAAUAAGCUCAUCAUCGUGUUUGGAGAUUCUAAAGCGUAACCUGACUGUUAGGAAAUCAUCAUCGAAUGCACUCAGCCAUACACGCCGCCAUAUUUGAAUUUAACUCGAAGUCAGGGCCGAAAAAUUCUAACGUUAAAGAAUUCGUUCACACACAGCCGCUGCUCGAGGUAUCAUAAAACAAAUCACUAUUUUAGUCUACAAUACUCAUUUUGUGCAGUUUGUAUUCAUUCAAACAAAGCUCAAAACAAUGGGAAAGAGAGAAAUGAAACAUAGAAGUAUCACAGGUAAGCGACCAGGUUGCUGAGCAGGAUUCAGUAUAGCGGCGUUCAUAGUCGGAUUUUUUCACACAACUGAGUAUAGUUUUCGAAAGGUUACGUUACUCUUUUGAGUCUCAAAACGCGUUCCUUUUUAGUUUUUCUUGUUCACUUUUUCAUCUCGAAAUUUUAAGACUUUUGAAUCAUACUUCUUCUUUACAAAGCAAAUAUCGUGGGAACAUAUAUAGUGUAACGACAUCUAUGAGCUUCGAAAUUGCCUCAAGGAUUGAUAGGAAUGAAGUAUUUUAACCAGGAUUUUUGCUUUGAGAUAUCUGGGCUUCAUUUUGUUGAAGACAAGUAAAGUGUAAGGUUGCUUGUAUCGGGUAUUGACUGUCCCCUUCGCAUGACUAAUGAACACAGUGAUUCAGUUGAUUUUACUUCAGCAUUAUCCUUAACCAAAUCUUCCCAUUUUCAUGACGUGUAGUUCCUAGCACUGGUCCAGAAAUUGUUGCCAGCCGAAGCACCAGCCCCACUUCAAUCUAUGUGCAGUGGAACCACACAAUUCCAGAAAAUAAAGUCAAUGGCAUUUUGAUCGGUUACACAGUCCAUUGGGAUGACGAACGUUUUGGCCAUGGUCACCCUUACAACUCAAAGGGUGUCAAAGAUCUUGAGCUUAACACCACAAAUUACACCAUAACCUCACUUCACGAAUACUGGCCUUAUACAAUUUCUGUGGCUGGACGAACAUCGAAAGGAGCUGGAAUACGGACGUUGAGGAAAGUGACAACCAUUGACGAUGGUAAGAACUUCGCGAAAUUUUUCCGAAUGUUUUCGUAGUCGUCGGAAUCGCUCGGAAAAUUGUGUUUUUCUGUAGUCCUUGAAAUGAAAAUAUUUGAGAAUUUUUUAAACUGAGCACUUUCUUUUAAGAAAAUCGGGUUUCUCGUUAAUUGAAAUUUCGUGUAACGGUUGACUCCAAUAAAAGUUUUAUUGGAGCGAGCGACGAGGAAAGGCGAUGUCAACAAUCACAUUGCUGAACAUCACCGACUUACGAACCAUACUAUUGACUGGGACUCUGCGCAAUGCCUAACCUACAGCACCAACUACUUUCAACGACUGACCCUGGAAAGCUGGUUUACUAACUUGGAACAGACUCCCCUCAACAGGUGUCAACCACUACCGGCACCAUACAAACGACUUACUCACGACAUUAACAUUACAAACGAACCAAACAGAACGACCUAACUUCACUAACGGAUCCAAACGGACCAAUCACGACUGACCUACGCCACUUGAGUCUUAGUGCCAAUAACAUUGUACACAAACUGGACUAAGUACAUUCGACUGACAACAACCUUUCACUUGACUCUGAUGAUGACUUCCGCUCAGGUUGUCGAAACGUCAGUCACCACUACCGACAACAGCCCUUCUCAGGACUACACUCACCCGGACGAUCAAACUACGCUACUGCAUAAAAGUUUUAAUAGUAAAUUUGAAAUACAGGAAAAAACUUUUUAAAGACGUCUUUUUCAUGACAUCACUUUUUCAGAAACAGAUAAAUCAAUUGCUCAUUACAGUUUCCAUCACCAAAGCUGAAUUUUUUUAACCAGUUUUUGGCCUUUUUCGGUGGUGUCUCGCUUAUUUCUAACCAUGAACUCACAGGAUUCAAAAGAAUGCCAAAGGUUCCAUCGUAGAGAAUGAAUCGUUUUGGUAAAAAAUCCUAACAAUCAAACAGUAAAUUAUAAGCAAUCUUUUGAGAGGCAACUUGAUGCUUGGGCAAAGUGCACACCUUCAGUUUUUUUUUUUUUUUGAUAAGCACUUAUGAGAAUGUAGUUAUAUUUUUGCGAGUCUCACCAAUGUUAGAGCAAAUCCAGCCUUGUAAUAAACUUGGAUAAUUUGUGUUUUUAUUUCUGGUAUUUCUACAGCUCCUUCAGAGGCACCGUACAACAUUCAGCUUCACAUGGUGAAUGCAACUACUUUAAAUGCUAUUUGGCAAGAUGUGCGUUUUAUUCACCAAAAUGGCAUUAUUCUGGGUUACCGUGUUCGCUUUCACCAUGCAGAUGGCGGUCUGCUAUUGUGGAACAUGACCGUCAGACCAGACGUCCAUGAUUUCCUUUUCUCUAGUCUUUCGAUCUUCCAGAAUUAUUCGGUACAGAUGCAGGCUUACGCCAGAAAAGGUGAUGGGCCGUGGAGUAACAAAGUAUAUCAGUUGACGGAUGAAUCAAGUAAGUGAAAUGGCGGCGUCAGAAUUUAUCAGUACAUGGCCUCUUCAUGCUAUAUUGCUAUAUUGCCAACAAAUGGUUGAUAAGGUGAGAUGCCUUGUAGAGGCAUGUUCAGGAUGAAAAUUAACAGUAAGAUCGCGUGGAGCUCGAGCUAGCCUGCUCCAACAGUCCAAAAAUAUUUUUAGCCUCAGCUCGGCGAGUUUCAUUCCAGGAUUCGUAACCUGGACUCGGUUUUUGUACUAAAGUAAUUCAGGAAACAAACUAUUUCUUUUCCUUAAAUUUUUUUUUAUGUUUCUCUCUUCAUUUCCAGCUCCUAUAAAUUCUCCUGUCAAUCUGACAGCUUACAAUGUCAGCUCACGGGAAAUUAAAGUUCUUUGGAACUACGAUGAUAACCCUAGACUGGUUCUUGGCCGCUUGCAAGGUUUCACACUGUAUUUUCAGGAGGCCAAUGCCAGCGAUAUUUUCCCAGAAGAGGCAAACUUAAAGACUUUUGAAACUCGUAACAAAACUCUGCGAAGUAAGAUCGCCGCAGAAUUGAAAAUAUACCGGCUAUACAACAUUACUAUAGCAGCUCGGACAGCCAAGGGUACAGGUCCCACGAACGAGUCAUUUGUGGUCCGAACUCACGGUGAAGGUUAGUUGAGUCAACUUAAAGUUUCAGCGCUCUUGGUUGGAUCCUUGUUUAAUUAAGUUCUAGCUCUCAUAUUCUUUCAAUGCUGUUACUGACGUUUUCUCGAAGAAGCCACUUCUCCACAUGUGCACCUCGAAGACUACACUAAUCAUUUUUCGUAUUCUUCAUAUUCAAACCGGUAAAAUAUUCUGACAAGUAAAGACUCAAAAUGCCUUCCGACAAGCGUUGUUCGCUAAAUGAUUCCCUCGACGUUUCACGAUCAUUGUUAUUUACCUUUAUUACACCUCGGAACUCAUGUAGGUUCUCUCGCACAGCCCUGAAUUGAUUUAAACUUGAUUGUGAGCUACAGGCCUUGGUACAUCUCUUUUUUCUGUCUCCCGUGGUUAGUCCCUGGAGCUUCCCCCCAGGCUCUCACUGCCUACAACACAAGUAAGUCCAGCAUAUAUGCCCGAUGGCAGGAGAUAGUGGAAGACAAACAGCAUGGAAUCAUGCUGGGAUACAAGCUGUUUGUAUACGAGUUAACAGGUAAUGGUUCAAAAACUGUGGAAAAUCGCACUUACGGGUUGGAUAAAAUGGAGACCAACUUCACAAGACUAAAGAUAUUCACCAAAUACAGGAUAGAGGUUCUGGGGUUUAAUAAUUAUGGAGACGGUCCGAUUGUGGCUGUGGAUUUGUUUACUGAGGAGAGCGGUAAGUAGAAGUUGAAUCUUUAUUUAGUGUAUACUAGUACUCUUCUGUCAAAUUAAUCGAAGGUCCAGUUAUGGCUAUUCAGUUGCCCGAGGAAAUACCUAUAUAUAUGAAAGUGAAAUAGAAAUAAAGGAACAGCCAAACAAACCAAACGACUGACUGAUAGAUGAACGGACGGGCCCACGGAAGUUCUAAGGGACUAAGUGACUUUUUAACCUACUAACUGACUGACUGACUGACUGAAUGAAUGGCUAACUAAAUGACUAACUCACUGAGUGACUGACUGACUUACUACCUUACUGAUUGACUGGCUUACCCACCUACUGACUAACUGACUUACUGACAUACUGAUUCAUUUAUUGACUGACAAAAUGACUGACUAAAUGACGAUCUUACUGAGUGACUUACUGACUGACUCUCUAAGUGACUGACUGACUGACUGAGUAAAUGACAGACUAACAGACUGACUGGCUGGCUGACUAACCUACUCAAUGACCUACUCACUAAGUAACUGACUGACCGAUUGACUGACUGACUGAAUAACUGGUUGACUGACUAACCGUUCCAUCGACCGAUUGAUCUAGUGACCAGGUGAUAAUGUGAGUAACAGUUCAUUUUUCCUCUCAGGAUUAGACAAAGAUAAUUUAUCUGUUGCCUUCCACAAACAAAAAGAAUUACUUUUGUGAUCCUCCUGAUUUUUUCUUGAAGUUCUCUGAGACAUUUGUGUGAACCAAAAUAACUGUACUAUCUGGCCGACUCCUCUUAUGGCUGCCUUUCACCAAAUUGACUUACUGGAGAACGGUCGACAUAUCGACUAAAAUGCCGAUUAAGUGGCUGACGUCAAAAAAUCUCUGAAGACAGACUUUCUUUGGUAAAAUUUAUUAUUCCGCAUUGCUCUUUUGCAGUUCCGAGUCAGCCGCCCUCUAAUUUCACAGCUUACAAUGAGAGUUCCACCAUACUCUUUGCCACUUGGAAACCUGUGCCCAAAUGUUGUCGGCUCGGAAUUAUUCGAGGUUAUCAUGCAACAUUGACAGACCCAAGCAACACUUCGGUGACAAUAACAAAAACGGUUAUAAGGUCUGAUGUACGGUUCCCGAAGCUGAAAAAGUUUCAUACCUAUCAGAUAUCCAUUGUCGCAUUUACAUCUAAAGGAAAUGGAGCUAACGUUUCAACGUUAGCGUCUACCGAUCAGGAUGGUGCGUUAAAUUUGUCAAGGGUCAUGCAAUUUUAAGGCCUUAUUAGAAAAACCGAAACCCCAUUCAAACCAAAGCUUAAACAGCUGUUUUGUCAAAAACAGCUUGAAACGAGAGGGGUUAGGUUCUAAAGAAACUGUGGUGCUACAUCGGUGGGGGAGUAUAACAAGAUAAUUUGGUUUUAUCAACUGAAUUGAUAACGUAAAUUGGUCAGCGUAAAGAGUUUUAAAGCUGACGUUUCGAGCGUUUAAACGUCAGCUUUUGAACUCUUAAGGGAGGCCAAUUUACAUUAUCAACUCAGUUGAUAAAACCAAAUUAUCACGGUUUGAAAUAGUUUUCUUGAUAGAAGCUGCUUAAAAUUGAUGUUUGUAGACUUCCAAUUGAGCGCAAUGAAAAUUAAAGUCAUUGAUUACUUGAACCUUAUACAGAAUUGGGUAUUUCAGUUUUCUAUUUCUGAUUUUUAUUUAUUUAAAACUGGUUUAAGUAAUAAUGUUAAAUAAAUCUCUGUCGUUGUUUCUACAACUGGGAAACAAUCAAUGAAAAAUUAUUGUAGCCUUCUGUUCUCUUCCGUCCUAUUUGAGUAGUGGUUUCUACUUUUGAAUUGUAAAAUUAUCUCCCUGGGUCCAUUUAGCUUAAAGAUGACGUUAGGUUUAAUAUGCAAAAAGAUUCACUUCUAUCAGUUUUUGAAAGUGUAAAUUAUCUUUGGAACCCUUCAUUUCAGUUCCGGACGCACCACCACAGACUGUAACCGGUCAUAACGUAAGUCAGACAGAGAUAAAGUUACUAUGGCGGCCGGUUCCUCUAGACAACCUUAACGGAAUUUUGAUGGGCUAUAAAGGAUCUUGCCGGAUAGCAAAGGGAAACCAGCCUAGUACUGAAAAGCAGUUCAACAGCUCUGUCCUUGAGGGAGUACUAGAUGGAUUAAACGCUUUUACGACCUACGCAUGCAAUGUCAGGGCGUUUACUAUCAAAGGCGACGGUCCACCCAGUUCAGAUAUACUUGUGAAAACUGAGGAGGAAGGUAAGGGAAAUCGACAUCACCUGAUAACUGAUGAUUUAUAGAUUCAGAAACGUGGACACAGCCCCAUGCAUGCUUCAUUAUGCAUACAGUUCCUGGAUUAAGAAAACAAUGGCAAUGGCAAUGGAAAUGGAUACGAUCUUUCUUUCUUUCUAUAAGUUCGCACUUUCAUUCGAUCAUUUGUCAAUUCGUUCUUUCGAUCCUUCAUUUGUUCGUGCGUUCUUUUCCUCCCUCAUUUGUCCGUUCUUCCUUUUUCCUCCUUCAUUUGUUUGUUCGUUCUAUUUCUCUAUAAUUUGUUUGUUUGUUCUUUUCCUCCUUAAUUUGUUUGUAUGUCCUUUUCAUCCUUGAUUUCUUUGUUCUUUUCCUCCUUGAUUUGUUUGUUUGUUCUUUUUCUUCUUGAUUUAUUCGUUUGUUCUUUUCAUCCUUGAAUUGUUGGUUUGUUCUUUUUCUCCUUGAUUUGUCUGUUUGUUCUUUUCUUCCUUAAAUUGUUUGUUUGUUUUUCUUUUCCUCCUUGAUUUGUUUGUUCUUUUCAUCCUUAAUUUGUUUUUUUGUUUGUUCUUUUCAUCCUUGUUUUUUUUGUUUGUUCUUUUCCUCCUUGAUUUGCUUGUUCUUUCUUUUCCUCCUUUAUUUGUUUGUGCUUUCUUUUUCAUUUAUUCUCUCCGUUCUUUCUCUCCUACCCCGUUUAAAAGUUAUUUAAUUUGUACCAAACUUUGCUAGGUAGGGUGAUUUCAAUCAUCGAAAAUAAUCUUAGAUUGAUUUAGUUUUGAGUUAAUUCGCUAUGUGAUUGGUCCAGAAAACGCGCGCCAUCCUCUCAACCAAUCAGAUUCAAAACUCAGGCAAUCGCGACUUGGUCACUAGCGUUUUCCGGCACUUCCAGUGAUUUACAUUUUUACUUUGCGAUCUCAUUGGUUCCUUGUAAUGAAUUGCUUCCCUGUGAUUGGCUGUUAUGAUUACUCUGGUUUGGUUUUACAACACUCAAUCGGAAUGCGCUUUACUUAAUUUUUUUGGUUCACUUAAACAUUUGCACUCACAAUGCUUUGUCCUUCCUACAGCACCUCGAGUAGCACCAACAACCUUUCAAGGGAUAAAUUCAAGUUCAACUUCUAUCUCACUGCAGUGGAGUAAUAUUUCUGCCAUGGACGUCGCCGGAGUACUUAGAAACUUUCACAUCGCUUAUCGCGAAUUAGACACAGCUGACAACACCACGCACACCGUAACUGUGCCACUAGCGAACCUAACAUUUGAAUUAACUGACCUAAGGAAAUACACCAACUACAGUAUUGAGAUUAUGGGAGUUACAAAGUUUGUAGGGAUAGGCACGGAACCGAUAAUAGUUUCCACUGAUGAAGACAGUAAGUUUAAGCUUUUCCUUUUAAUUCCUUGAUAUACCUCGGUGGACUUUGAUUCAUUAACAGACAAAUGAGUGAAUGAAUAGAUUGAUGAAAGAAAAAAGGAAGGAAAAAAGAAAUGAGUGAGGAAAUAAAUGAAUGAAUAAUUAUAUAAUUGAAUUGACCAUUAGUAUACUUGUACCUUGAUUCCUUCCUCAGAUUAAUUUCAUUUCGUAUCCGUAAAAGUUGCAAAACCAGCCCAAAACUGUAUGAGACCUCCACUGCUUUACAUGCUACAGAGAGGUCAAUCAAUAAAAGGGAAAAAAAAGAAGAAAGAGAUAAAUGAUCGAAAACGUGAGCUCACAGAGCAAUCCGCGUAAAUAUAACUGAUGACAUGGAAUUAUAAGAUGUCUGCUAUCAUCCGCCUUUAUUUCAAAAUUUAAGAAGUUCUUACAUAACCAUCUACCAAUAGGUAAGGUUUGACAAAAAAUCUCGGGGCAGGUUUUCUUUUUAGGACGAUUGACCAUAGUGAUAUAAUAAACCAAUUAGUAUCAUUGAGGGUCCAAAUUUUGCAUUGUGUAGUUCCAAGUCUUCCUCCUCAAGACAUCAAGUUGCAAAAUUCCAGCUCCACAAGUAUAUUUGUUCAGUGGAAACCAAUCCCUAAACACAACGUUCAUGGUAAACUCCUGGGAAUCAAGCUUUUAUAUCGAUCUGCACCAAAAGACAACAGCAUAGUGUUCAGGUCCCACGCAAGGCGUUCGAUCGUGAGCGACUGGUCCGUGUACACCGAUAUUACUUUACCUCCGAACGCUCUUUCCUAUAACAUAACGUCUCUCGAGAAAUUUACGAACUAUUCUGUGGAAAUACUGGGUUUCACCUCAAAAGGAGAUGGAAAUGUUAGUCACAGGUUUAUUGUAUCUACGGAUGAGGAUGGUCAGUAUGGAAAUUAUUUAUGUUCAUCCAGUUGCUACUUACAUUUUCCUUAUUUAAUUCGACUGGAGUGACAGAAACCCUCACGCCAAUGAUUGGUUGGUCCAAUAAUUUAGAAUAUGCACAGUGAUUGGCCGUUGAUUAUAGCCCACAACUGAUUGAUGUUGAGAAACCUAAAAUGCCUUUGUAGCCACUCAGCUAAGUUGUAAAUUGCCUUAAAGCACAAACGGAUUUAGCUUGAGUGGUGCAUGGAACUAGUCAAUUCAUAUUUGAAAGGGUUUUUUCAUGGUCGUUUUCCCACAUUUUAUAAAUUCAUCGAAAAGAAAAUCGGCAAAAUCAAGGUAUUAACUACUGUUACAGAACAAUCCAACACUAAUAACCGCAAUAACCUUCGUUCACUCUAGAGUUCUGAUCGUCAUUGUUUAUGUUUGAAAUAUUUUUGCAGUUCCUAGUAUGCCGCCAGCGUCUCUUACUCCCAUAUCCCGCAGUGGGGACUUCAAAAUGGAUGUCAGUUGGGAACCAGUGCCGGAUGGUUUUGUACAUGGAAUUCUGUUGGGAUACCGCAUUUACUAUAGAAAGGUGCAAGAGUUAGGAAGAGCCUCUACCUCUGAGACGGAGGCUGUGUCUGUUGGACCUUUGGAACAGAACACCACAGUAACGAUGCUGAAAAACUUUGCAGUUUAUGAUUUGCAAAUUGCAGCUUUCACGAUCAAAGGAGUAGGAGUGUUGACCGAUAUCAAAGAUGGAUGUAAGUUCUCGUUUUGGUGAUAUUCAUUGACUGACAACAUACCCGCUGAAAAGAAAAGCGGGGAAAGGGAGAGUCAAACUUGUAAAAAGAGAUUACCAAAAGUAAACAUGAUCCAGACUCUUAAGUUUAGUCGUCAAAACAGGAAACUGAGAUGUGCAACUCAUUAGCCAUAAGCGCCCAGUUUCUUUAUUUGCCAAACUUAUCUUCAUAUAUUUAGUCACCAACCACUUUUCUCGUCAUCCAAAGAAAUAAUGCAUUUCUUUUGUGGCAACUCUUUUGCGUUGAUCUGUCGGUUGAAAACCUUUUGACGGCAAGGAAAUUCCGAAGUGUUUAUAAUGUGCUUAAUUGCUUUUCAGCGACUUGCAGGUGCCCCCGAGAGUUUAAAACGACCUGGUACCCGUUCCCCCCGUAUAUCACAUACGAAAACGGCACCGUGGGCGGCUUCAUCCCACGAAUCCUGGAGGGGGCGGUGGAAUACUGCUGCAGUGACUGUGUCCUCGCCAAUGGCAAACCCGCAACUACUAUCGACUUUGUGCUUGACGGAAAGGGAGGCCUCGCGCAGAAGAGUGGCGUCGAGGCUCUGAUUAGCAGCAUCGAUUCACAGACCGAUUUCAGUACGCCAGUGAAUGGGUUCCACGGGCAGACACAUUACUCUCUGUACAGAUACGUUAAACUAGCAGAGUCCCCCGGAGUGGGUUUCAUCACUGUGAUGAAUCCGCACGAAAAAGCCAUCGCAAUUGCAAAUGUUUUUAUUCGGUCAUGGCCGCUGCUCCUCCUCUCCAUAAUCAUGAUGGUCGCAGUUGGAAUUAUAAUGUGGUUGCUGGUAUGUAGAGCCAUAUAAGGCUCGUUUGAGAAAUUACUUUUAGGGUGGCUCUUAACAGUACUGGAAUGAAUGUCUGUAGAAAUACGCCAGUGACUGUGCUCUGAUUCUGUCUUAGCUGUUUAAAUCCCUUGUUUUUGCUUGAACCCAAAAUAUUCAUAACAUUACUCUCUAUUAUGAUAAAGUAUAAUACAACUGUCGCAGAGUUUUAUUUUUUUACUUUCACCAACCAAUCUGAUGUAUCUGACUUUCAUCCUACAUAAACAAUAGAGACCUCAUUAACAAAAAAAUGCAAGAUAUAUUUUCCUUCAGGACGCCCGAUCUAACAGUCAAGAGUUCCCAGGCUCUUUCACCCGAGGGGCCCCUGAGGGACUUUGGUGGGCCUUUGUUACAUCGACGACUGUGGGGUAAGGCGAGUUUAUCAACAAUUCGUACGUGUCUUUACAUAACACAGCUGAUAAAGUUGUCGGACCUGAUAAGUCAACUUUUGUUUUCGUUAACUGUGGCCGCGUCGCUUCUUCUAACCAGAAAUGAAAAUUUAUUUUUAAAUGGGUCAUGUCUUAUAUACCUCAUCGCCCAUUACUAUCUGAACUUUUUUCUUAACAUAGAGCAACUUAGAGUGUUGCUUCCCUCCCUUGAUAGUGGAGUGGGUAUGGUGCAGAUGUGAGAGCGCUCGCAACCCUCUGCUAUGGCCCGGGUUCGAUUCCGAGAUGGAUGGAGGCAUGUGUCUUACUCGAGUAGCGGCAAGUGGACAAUGAUGAUAACCAGAUUCGAACCCAGACCACUUCAUCCCUCCCGGAAUUAUUAUUCUGUAAUUAGGUGAAUAGAAUAAAUCGAACCUAGGAGUAGAGUCACGAUCCGAAGAGUAGUUCUUCGUCCACUGAUAUCUUGAAAUUUGGCUCUUGUGCAGGUAUGGUGACCGCUGUCCGAGAGGAGUGUUUGCUCGCUUAUUUGCAAUUUCUUGGACAUUGAGUGGUUUGGUGGUUAUUGCCAUUUUAACUGGAAGAGUCGCCACAGUUCUCACGGAAUUUGGUUAUAAAGGGCCCUACAUACAACUCUAUGGUGCAGAGGUUAGUCAUUUAGUCAAAAUUACAGAGUUGGGUUAGUGUGCUCGAUAAUUAACAACUCGUAUUAGUCGAUAAAAGUGCACAACAAAGACAGCCUUGCCUCUUUCAAAAUUAUAACCUGAAAAACCAGGUGCUGGGUGUUUUAGUUUGUCUUGUAUAGCCUGUCCGCAGGCCCUCAUGGGUAGCGCUUCGGGAAGAUCAUUUCUUCGAAAUUGUGAGGCCUUAGGCAACGCGAGCCGGGGAGAGGUUUGCGGGGGUCUGGCACUGAUAGUGCCAGACCCCCGCAAACCUCUCUCCGACUCCGGUGACCCGUCUCAAAACUUGGGCGGAGAAACGCACAUCUUGCAGCGCUGAUAAUGAGGGCGUGCUUCAAAGCUAUGCCUUGAAAUCCUCCGCUCUGACAUAUGAAAUAAGAAAUUCGCAAAAUUAAUCUCUUAGAUAAAUUAUUCUUUGUUUGCUCAUAUAUAUUUUCAUUUCUUUUGCUGACAAUACAUUUUGGCCUCUAGGUUGCAGCUAUUGCGAACAAUUCUGAUUUUCGACUAGGUGUGCGGAAGAAUGCACGGAUGAACACAGGUAAAUAUUCGUUUCAAGGAACAAAGUCUUUUCAGGUUCAUUUUUUUCUCGAAGUUGUUCAUUCUACGUUAGAAAAACAAUUGAAGAAACGUCUGCAGUGUACCUUUCGCAUAAGUCCUUCUCUGAGUUUGAGUUUUCUUUCAGCUUGUCCCCGUGAUACCUUUGAUCUUCACUAACUUCACAAUUUCCUCCUUAAAAUUUUUCUAGUCCGUAACUACAAGAGUUAUGAGGAAAUUAGCCGUGCUUUGGCAGACCAGGAAGUAAAAGGCGCUUUGGUGGACCUUUAUGUGCUGUCCUCUCACAACCACUUGUUUAAUGACCCUCGCUUCAGGAUCGUUCGGAUAUACGAUUUCAAGACCAGUUAUGGGGUGGUCCUUGCAGGGAACUCUAUGAAGCUGGAGCAGUGUUUUACCGAGCAUAUCAAGGCUUACUCAGGCAGUGUUUUCCAGAAAAUUGAAGACAAUAUCAAGUUUCUCAGGGUACGACUGCAUGAAAAUUUUAGCUUUUGUGAGAGCCCCCUAGAAGUUAGUUAGUUAGAGGGGUCCAUGUUCCUUACUUCCUUCUUUUGCAAUAGUCCACCGAAUACAAUUUUACAUUUUUCAUAAACUUUAGCUUUUCAAUUACCCCUGAUCACAGAAAUUGUUCCAAUUUUCCUUCCUGACUCUUCAGGUAUGUUCUCCUCCAUUUCUGAAUGCUACUCAUCCAAACUCUUCCAAGCUUAGACAAGUGUAACAAACUGAUCAGUUUUUUCUUUCUUUCUUCUCUAAAAAAAGCUUGGCUCCAGGCCUCGAUCCACUAUUCAGAAUCUUAUAACAAGAGAAUAUAAAUGAAACAUUAUGCGGUUGAAAUAUGAAAUCAAUGAUGGGCAACCUUUCUUGUCAGAUACUGACUUCGUAAGUUGCCCUAUUCGAUGAAGGUUAUUAUCGAAAUACAAACACUUCGUAAAGGCGCGUUCGAUAUGACGUGGUAAACGGGUUUUGUUGUUUUGUUGUUUGUUUGUUUUUAGGAACCAGAUCAUAGCCCGGCCGAGCAAAGUUCUACAGAGCUGUUCAGUAUCACCUCUCCACAGUUCAUCAUCGCCGUCUCGAUCAUCGGGUCACUGUUGAUAUUAGCUUGUGUGCUCGGAGUUGUCUACGAAAGGCGACGAAAGAAACCUGAAGGUUAGUUUUGAUCCAAAAAAUUCUAUGACGAGUUGUACGGAUGAGCUAAAUAAUACACGCAUUUUGAUGAUCUAUAGGAAGACAGUCGCCUCUACAACGUCAACAAGUUUUUGCUUACUCCCGGCUUAUAUCACCACGAUUAUUCGUUAGAAUGAUCAAGAACCUUGUGUCCAUAACAACGUAACAUUUUUUAAUGAUGAACCUUUCUGACUUUUCGCAGUUUUAAUUAAAAGCAAGGACCUUAAGAACGAGAUGUCGCAAGUUUUACACAGCUUUAUUGCCAGAUUAAAGGAAAAGCUAGAAGUGAUUUCAAAGCGGCACAGGGCAGAGAGAUUUCACCUAAAGCACACAGAAAGAGAGCAAGACCAGCAAGCAGCGAGUACAGUACAGAAGUGUUACGAAGUACUGAGCUUGCGUGACAUCCGACAAGAAUGGUCCCCACGCGACGGAACUGUCAGAAGUGUUACGCCAUCGUUGCCUAGCACAAACUUGUACAAUCUAAGGCCGAGGCUAUUUAGUGAGGCGAGAUAUGAUUCGUCUCCCAAUGUUGUAACAAGUCGGAAACUUCCGUUAAGGAGAAAAUCCGGGUUUAACCUUCCUGUCCCACUAGAGCCAGAAGUCCGCAUUAUGGAUCAAACAAACCUUUAG